GGCUGCUACUGAAGGACCGCUGGGUUGAGGGGCUGUCUGGUGCUGUAGGGCUGGACCCCUUACGGAAAAUCCAAGCUUCUGUCCGGUGCUGAACUAAUCUGAACCCAUGGUACCCAGCAGAGGUGGCCCUAAUUCUGAGGGCCUUGCACCUGUCCCUCCCCAAGCUCUGUUCCUCUGACCCUGAGGUAGGACAGUUUGUUCCCGUCAGGGGGGCCGCAGAUUAAUGUCCCUCACUCGCUGUCAUCCUUCAUUCUCUGAUCACUUCAUCUCCCGUCUGUGACCCCUGACCCUGCCGUGACCUUUCACCUCGGGAGGGAAGAGGAACAAUGCCAAGGUCCUUUCUGGUGAAGAAGGUGAAGGACGGCUUCUGUUCGGCAGACAGUGAGAGCGCGUAUGUCAGACACCGCACCGACUUCAGCGCACACCUCGCCGACAAAGGCUACAUAAGUGAUUUUAUCACCCCUUCUGUGUACGACGGGGACAGCGAUGGAGUCAUCAAAGUCCCUUCACCCGACACCCUUUACACAGCCGUGCACAGUGAAUACGGUGCCCCGGACUCCGAGCCUCCCGACAGCCCUCGCUCAGAGAUCACCGGGGGUUACAUUAACGGGGAUACGGCGGUCAGCGAGGGAUACUCGGUGGAUGCCUUUUUCAUCACGGACGGGCGUUCUCGCCGCAAAGUUUUGAAUGGCGGGCGCUCCAUACAGAGGCACAGCUGCAGCGAAUGCGGGAAGAGCUACGCCACGUCUUCCAACCUGAGCAGGCACAAGCAGACUCACCGCAGCUUGGACAGCAAGCUCGCCAAGAAGUGCCCCACCUGUGGCAAGGUAUACGUGUCCAUGCCGGCCAUGGCUAUGCACCUCCUCACCCACGACCUCAAGCACAAGUGUGACACCUGCGGAAAGGCCUUCAGCCGGCCGUGGUUGCUGCAGGGCCACAUGAGAUCCCACACGGGAGAGAAGCCGUUUGGCUGCGCCCACUGCGGAAAAGCUUUCGCCGACCGCUCCAACCUCCGCGCUCACAUGCAGACGCAUUCCGCCUUCAAACACUACAAGUGCAAACGCUGCAGCAAAACCUUCGCACUCAAGUCUUACCUAAACAAGCAUUACGAGUCUGCAUGUUUCAAAGGGUCGGUGCCUCCGCUCAGCCCCAUGGAGGACUAGAGAUGGUGCCGCGGUGGGACAGAGGACGGGUCGCCAUCCGACACCCUACAGCAUCUGCUCCCGGCAGCCCUGAGGGAACGAAGUCCAUCCCCUUCAAAACUGCGCCUUGCCUCCUUGCUACACCUGGUGCUGCGUUCUCCGGGAGCUGAAGAUGAACCGGGGGAGGUCUGAG